AUGGAGACCUGGUUUUGGAUUCUUGGAUGGGUUCUUUCGUUUCUUGCCAUCACUGGAAAUGGAUUUACAAUCUUCCUCGUCUGCAGCAGACGAAAUCUCCGCACCAAAACCAACGCGUUUAUUGUUUCACUUGCAUGCGCACUAGCGGAUUUCUGUGUUGGUUUGAGCAUUAUUCCUUCUUUGUUUGUAUGCGACGUUACAAGCACCUGCUACUGGCCUCAGGUUUUUCCUUCAUGGAAAGAUGUCGUAAGGUGGCUGUUUAGCUACUUGUCUGUUUUAAACUUGUGUUCUCUGGUGCUCGACCGUUACAUCGCCAUCGUAAAGCCUUUUAAAUACAUAACUUUUAUGACUCGAUCUCGUGUUAUUCAAGUGAUAACUUUCUGUUGGAUAGCGUCAUUCACAUUGGUUGCGUUCAAGACCGCAUUUCGGCUUUGCUGUGAGACCCCUCUGACCAGUAUCGUUGCAGUUGUGGUUUUAAUGAUUUCCAUGGAAAUCGUUCCAUGCGUUCUGCAGAUAUUCUGUUUUGUGUCAAUGUUACUUCAUGUAUGGAAACAUGAUCGGUCAGCACGCACCCUAGCAAAACAGUUACGUUUUAACCAUGGGAUGUCUUUUAAAACCCAUAACGAGACGUCUGCAGUAAUAAUGAUGGGUAUUGUGAUAGGAGUGUUUGUUGUGUGCUACGGAAUAUAUUUGCGUUGUAGUCUCGUAGUACUAUCCGACACAAAUGCAUCAUGUAAAGAUGAACAAGACAAAAUUCCUGUAUUGGUUUUAAACUCGGCCAUUAACCCAAUGUCUUAUGCUUUUUUCAAAAGAGACAUAAAGAAAGAGUUUAAAAGGCUUAUCAGUCAGCUGGUUUAAUUUAGGCGGACAAGUAACCGUGUAGAGCCUUCCACUUGAUCAUUUUUGAAGGACAUAGAUCUUAAUAUUGGUUGGCAGAACUGCCUUUGAUAGCGGAUUGUGUCAGGCAUCGCAGGCGGCAGUUUUGGGGUCGGCAAUUCCCUGGCGGUUUGUCUUAAAUCAUAGUUUGGAAGCACUGGUGUUUAAGGAGGGUACAAGAACCAAAGGAGGACGAGGAUACAAUCCAAAAGGGACCUUACUAUCCGAAAACAGAGACGCCAAUGAAAACGUCGCUGAAAAAUAGACUUCGCGUCCAUUGAAACUUUUUCGCCCUCAUACCAAGUCGCCCAGUGAAUUGAAAGUGCGGAACAUGUGUUAGGUUCGAACUGAAGAGAGGAGACCGCGUCCGAGUUCAGAGAGGGAUAGUAAAUAAAUUUAUCGCCUUGUCGUUCCAGUUCUUAAGCCAGUCAUCUAAAAAACAUUGACUAUUCCACGUUGUAGUUCUAUAGGGACAGCGGAGAAAUGUACAAAAAAAAGUGAUGCACGUGCAACCGGAGGUGUUGUUUUGCUCACUGAAGCCUAUUGUGUUUUAGGCGUUCUUCUUGCCGUCGCCGUUGUAGUUUCGUAAGGUUCCUAGCAGUAUAUGUCAGUUGCUCUUGAAACGGCGAUUCUGAGGUAUCAAGCCUACGUCAAAGGUAGUGGUAGACGAAAUUUCUAAUUGAAACUUUUUGUUUCAAACCAAGGAAAAGUAUUUCUUUUUCCUGGCUUUAUUUUCCACAUUAAUUAUUGUAAUCAACUCUGUUAAGUAGUUUCCUAGAAUUUAAACAAGCAUGAAGUAAACGUUUUUGUUUUUGUACAGGAAAAGAAUUGUAUUAUUUUUUCCUUUCCCUGAAAACUGAUAGUUAAUUAACCUCAGUCCAUGCUAGGUGUGAAUGAAAUAUUAAAAACUUUAGAGCAUGAUCUGUAUGAUCCAUACAGGCAACAUGGAUAUUUUUUUUCAGAUUCCCAUUGAUCCCUAUGGGGUGGCGAAAAGCAAUCUUUUUCUUCAAACAAGUUUUAAAGCUGUUUAGAGAACGUCAGUGGACGAUUUUGUAAUAAUUUGUAAUACCCGUCUUGAUUUGCAUUACGUAGUAGCUGUUCUAAUUUGCUUUCAGAAGGAUCCUCGGUUACUUUCCUGUCAUGUUCAGGGGUCUCCGUACCAAAAUAAAGCUAAAAAAGUUAACUGAAAACAGGUAUUGCAAAAAGGAAACAUAAAUUCAAAUAAACUAUUGCAAAGCGAUUUAUUUCUGUGUCCCACAUGAUGAAAAAGUGACGCUAAAGAUGUUGUCUUUACCAUGAUCUCCAACAUCAGCAUAAUUCAGAGAUUUAUUCGGAAAUUAAUCGCUAUUCUAUGAGACGAAACUACAUUUCAAGACCUCAUCAUUUUCUUUAGAUAUAAGCCAGUUAUGCAUGUCGAUAGCAUAUUUAUUGAAUGUUUAUAUGGCCCUUCAAACUUUGUUUCAAACUAUUUCCAAAAUUCAGCUUAGCCAGGAGUAAAGACUAGGUGUUCCAGUGUCCCAGCGGCACAUUACCACCCAAAAAAUUUCUAAAGAACCCCUCCCCGUGGGUUAUCGUGGGUGAAUAUUAUAAGAUUGUUGUUUAGUCACUCGUCUAUUGUAAACUUAUGCGGCUUAGUACUGGAUCGUUUUAUUGCCAUCGUCUAUCCUCUAAAAUAUAUUACUUUGAUGACUCGCCGUCGAAUUACCCAAGUUGUUUUCUUCUCUUGGGCUCUACCAGUUAGUUACAAUGCGCUAAAAAAUACCCUUUGUAUUGUCUUAUUUCAAAAUGAUACCUCCGACUGUCCUUUUAUUUGGCCGACCAUAAUUUCCGAGUUUCUUCCAUGUGCUGUAUUAAUGCUCUGCUUUGUAUCAAUGAUAUUUCAUGUAUGCAGGCAUGAUCAGUCAGCACGCACCUUAGCAAAACAGUUGCGUUUUAACCAUCAGGUAUCGUUUAAAACCCAUCACGAGAAGUCCGCAGUAAUAAUGAUGGGUAUUGUGAUAGGAGUGUUUCUUGUUUGCUACGGUAUGUAUCUACGUUGUAGUUUUCUAAUACUAUCCUCAUCACCAUGUAAUGAUGAAAACUACAAAAUUACUUUCUUGGUUUUAAAUUCAGCUAUUAACCCACUGGCUUAUGCCUUUUUCAAAAGAGACAUAAAGAAAGAGUUUAAAAGACUCGUUGGCGCUGUGUUUUAUAGAAAAUAA